ACACCAGUGAUAAGAAAGUGAACAGUGAAACAUUGUAAAGUGAGCCACAUCAUUGAGGAAUUUGCCUAUGAAAGAAAGAGCAAAGCCUAUGGCAGUGCGAGGGAAACAGGACAAGGGAGGGAAGUUUUCAGAACAAGGAUAUCUGAAAAUAGAAAGGAAAAAACUAGUGGGAAAAGGAACACAAUUAAAGGUGAAAAAGAGCAAUCUGUGCAGAAGGAAGGACACUGUGCUUCCCUAAACUCCAGAUGAAUCUUCAACAUUAGGAUGAUGGGCACCAGCUUCAGCACGCUGAAGGUUCAGCAUUCAGUUGGAGUCAGAUAGAAGGGCGCUUUCAUAUCCUCCUACUUUAUCUGUAAUCUUCUAUGGCACACAACAUCUCCCAGGUGUAUCAAACAGUUAAUGGGCUCAGAGUUAGCUAUUUCUUCAGUAAAAAGCACUUUGUAGCAGACGUUUUACAUAUAUCUACAAGGCAUCUCAGUUUCAAUGCGGGAACUGAGUCUUGGAGAGAUUCAUUCUUCUGACAAAUAUUGACUAAGAGCUCUUUAUGUGUCAGGUUCAUUUGAGGCUAUUGGGAUAUAUCAGUGAAUGAACUAGACAAAGACCCCUGACCUGUGAAGUCACAUUUUAGCAGAAGGUAUAAGUGGAAAGCAAUGAACAUGGAAGGACUCUCAUUGUCUCUGGUUCUUCGGGUACAUAUGUGAUAUGACAAGUUGUUUCUGAAUAGCGCUAUGGACUAAAAAGACAAGCAUGAAUGAGAACUCAAAUAUCACAUACAUGGAAGAAAGCUUUAUGCAACCCAAAACAUCAGAUGGUGAUAGUGGCAUAUUUCAGAGUUGUUGGAAGUAUCACACAGCAGGAUGUACUUUGUAAAUAGCAAAGUCUUACAUAUAUUGAACAAGCAAGCAGUCUCAGCAUCCGAGAGAGAAGGGGAGGAAGCGUUGGACAUGUGAGGACACAGAAAAAGGUUCACAAUGAACUACUUUAGAUACUGGGCUUCUGCACAAAAUUCUCCUUAAAGAAGAGUUCCCAAGCAUAUCAAAAUUUGAAAUCAAUUACCGACUAAAUACAAGGAAGAAUUAUAAGACCCAAUGUGAACAUGGGUGCAAAGAAGAACUCUUACCACAGAUAUCACGGAGCUGGAGGAGUUAAUGAAUACCUUGAAUGAUUGCAUCAAAUACAAAGGAUUGGGACAACUAGAUCAAGAUGAAAUUUGAUGGAAUUAGGCAGCGUGUAUUCCUUCCUUGGAAUGCGUCAGCUGAGUGCCAUAUGGAAAGAAUGAUAGACUUUUAGGCCAAAUGUAGAAUGAAAGGUCUGAUUGAAAAGCUGGAGAAGCAAAUGGAAAAACUGAUCCUAUAUGUAGGAAAAGACUUCAGAACACGAAAUAUAUUGUCUUCAGUGAAUAUAUUGAAGCAAGAUCUUGGGCCUGAUACUUUGAAGAGGAGAGGAGAGUUUCUGCUGCCACAGGUAGAGAUGUAUUUUAAAACAAAACAUGAGGAAAUGAUUUGGUUUCUUAAGUGCUUUUCUGAUUUCUUUGUUCUAACUCUGCAUGCGAAGCAGAUGGACUGAGAGUGAUCACAGCUUUCUUCGUCCCAGCUGGACCAUUUGCCUCACUGGUUUUAUGGGAAGCAGUGGUAAGGAUAGAAAGUUCAGAUAAAAAACAUAGCAUGGCCCCAUAGGCACCCUUUAUAGGCGUUUUGAGGCUGAAAUUCUCCUUUUAUUGACUUUAGAAAUAAGACAGUAUUGAUUGACUCUCAAAAGGUGAAGAAUGUUUUCCUUUUUCUUGUGAUUUUCUGGAGUUUUUUAUUAUGGUUUAUAUGCAUUUCAGUUUAUAUUCAUUCCAGUUUAUAUGCCUUUCAAUUAUGUAGCUUUUCUUUUAAUAGUUUUAAUAACUCCAUUUUUUUUUUUUUUGGUCCUGUUAUGGUCACAGGUAUUCUGUGUUGACACGGACACCGCUUAUGCUGACUCUCCUGAGCACAUUAUUUUGAUGUUUCACAUGAUUGGUUGCAUUAUGUCAUCAAGUGGAUUUUUCAGGGUGAAAUAGAUCCUGAUUCCAUUGAAUAAGAGUGCCUUGUUCUUGCUGUUGCAAGUAACACACUUCAUAUUUUUCCUGGAAUGUGGUACAUAGUUUCUCCUAGCAUGACCGUGAUCUGAUCAGCAGCUAACAUAACUUGACUCCUGUGUCUGGUGCCACUGUGCUGGGGCCUGGUCACUGCCCACAACUACAGAGCUGCCAUGGUGACCACCUUUACUUCCACCCCCGCAAAUUCACAGCCCCAGUUCACAGCCAUGAAUGAACCACAGUGCUUCUACAAUGAGUCCAUUGCCUUCUUUUAUAACCGGAGUGGAAAGUAUCUUGCCACAGAAUGGAACACAGUCAGCAAGCUGGUGAUGGGACUUGGAAUCACUGUUUGUAUCUUCAUAAUGUUGGCCAACCUACUGGUCAUGGUAGCAAUCUAUGUCAACCGCCGCUUCCAUUUUCCUAUUUAUUACUUAAUGGCUAAUCUGGCUGCUGCAGACUUCUUUGCUGGGUUGGCUUACUUCUACCUAAUGUUCAACACGGGACCCAAUACUCGGAGACUGACUGUCAGCACGUGGCUUCUCCGCCAGGGCCUAAUUGACACCAGCCUGACAGCGUCCGUGGCCAACUUACUGGCUAUCGCAAUUGAGAGGCACAUUACGGUUUUCCGCAUGCAGCUCCACACACGGAUGAGCAACCGGCGGGUAGUGGUGGUGAUUGUGGUCAUCUGGACUAUGGCCAUCGUUAUGGGCGCUAUACCCAGUGUGGGCUGGAACUGCAUCUGUGACAUUGAGAAUUGUUCCAACAUGGCGCCCCUCUACAGUGACUCUUACUUAGUCUUCUGGGCCAUUUUCAACUUGGUGACCUUUGUCGUAAUGGUGGUUCUCUAUGCUCAUAUCUUUGGUUAUGUUCGCCAGAGGACUAUGAGAAUGUCUCGGCAUAGUUCUGGACCCCGGCGGAAUCGGGAUACCAUGAUGAGUCUUCUGAAGACUGUCGUCAUUGUGCUUGGUGCCUUUAUCAUCUGCUGGACUCCUGGAUUGGUCUUGUUACUUCUUGAUGUGUGCUGUCCACAGUGUGAUGUCCUGGCCUAUGAGAAAUUUUUCCUUCUGCUUGCUGAGUUCAACUCCGCCAUGAACCCCAUCAUCUACUCCUACCGUGACAAGGAGAUGAGCGCCACCUUCAGACAGAUCCUCUGCUGCCAGCGCAGUGACAACACCAGUGGCCCCACAGAAGGCUCGGACCGCUCGGCUUCCUCCCUCAACCACACCAUCUUGGCCGGAGUUCACAGCAAUGACCACUCUGUGGUUUAGAAAGGAAACUAAGAUGAGCAGCCAGCCAUCAUCGAUUGAGGGAUGAACGGCCUCCCCCUACCCAAAUGCCAGGGCAAGGUGGGGUGUGAGAGAGAGAGGAAAAAUAAACUCACGUACUUAAACACUAACCAAUGGCAGUAUUUGUUCCUAGACCCCCACAAGACUUGAGAUACGUGGAAAAUUAGCUUACGUGACAACCCUCAUCCUGAUCCCCGUUCCUUUUGACAGUAGAAAGUGGAGAUCAUGCCAUGGAAUCCAUAAUAGACUCCAGGGUGUCCAUUUAGACUACACUAACUAGACUUCAAAAGAUUUUGUGUGGUUUGGUGCAAGUCAGAAUAAAUUCUGACUAAUUGAAUCCACAACUUCAUCUACAUACAGGCUUCCCUCUUUUUAUUUCCAAAGGAUACAUUUCAUUUCAUAAACAUGUUUAUGCCUAUCAGCAUGCUUGUGAUGGAUAAGACUGUAGGCUGUUGUUAAACUAUUGUAACUCCAUUUUUUUCCUUAUGUAGGAAAAUUGUGAAUUAGAAUUUUUUAGAGAGCAUGCAUGUAAUGUAUGUAUGCAGUAUGCCUUACUUAAAAAGAUAAAAGGGUAUCGAUUUUAAAUCUUCUAGGAAAUAGAAGAACCUAGAUGUCAAAGCCAGUAUUUAGGUUGUGAAACAAUGUUCUAAUCAUAAUAUUACCUUCUUGUCAAAGUGUUAUAACACAUCUAAAACAGGGAAUGUAAGUUUAUUACCAAAAGAAUACGUAGUCUAAAAGAAGUCAUAGAAGAUGAAGCACAUAUUUAUGAUACCCAAGUGCAUUCUAAUUAUCAGUACAUCAGAAGAAUUUUUAAUAGCCUGUGUUUUUCUGUAUUAUAAAAUAAUACAUAGUCAUUGUAGAAAACUUGAAAAAUGCAGAACUGUGUAAAACAGAAAAAAUAAUUACUGGUAAUAUCGUGACCCAGAAGUAACCACCGUUAACCACCGUAACCACAGCUUUUCCCCCGUGUAUGCCUCUACGUAUAUCACAUGCCUUUUUAUAUAAUUGGGAUCAUACGUAAACGAUUUUAUAACCGUUUUUUUUUUUCCACUGCAGAGUUGCCACAUUUUCCUAUGGCGUUAAAAAUUUUACAAAAACAUAAUUUUAGUGGCUAUAUAAUAUUCCAUGUAAUGGAUGCAAUUCCGUUUAUUUAACCAUUCCCACAUUGUUGACUACUUAGGUCAUUUCUGAUUUAUGCUAUUAUAAAUAAUGUUGCAAAAUUUUGUGUACAUAAAACUUUGUCCGUAUAAUUGAUGAUUUACUUAGGACAUAUUCCCAUGAAGGAUUUUUUUUUUAAAUGUGAAAUGUCUUUUUAUGCUCUUACCUUUUAUAAAAAGGGAUUUCCUGCUUUGCACCACAUGGGUGGCAAUGUGAGGAAAGCCAGUGAAGUUACCUUUUUACAAAGGAAAUGCAGUGGUCACUUUAGUUGAGAGUGACUUUUUCUCUAUAACAAGAUGGACUAGAAGCAGUCAAUUGUCACAAAUAACCAGGACCCCCUAAUUAACAUGUCUAGCAAUCCCAAAUUUUGUUUGAGGAACCGAUUUCCAGCUCUUGGUCGCCACGGCUGUAAUGUAGAAGUGAAGACAAUGCGAAUAAAUCAAACAUGCCAAGAGAAUAAAGGAUCUUCGUAUUAAGUAGCUUGGGACCCUCGUGUAGCAAAUGGGUUGAGUGUGUCAGUAUGUGACUGGAUACUGUGUAUUCUCUGGGAAUCACCUCUAAUAGAUUCCCACCAUAAUGGGUGAUACCUGUUUAAUGAAUUGUCCAGAUGAACUAAAAUUGCACCAGUUUGUUAUAAGUAACCAGUAAAGUCACAGUCAUGAAGCAGGUAUGGGAAAGUUGGGAGUACGUUUAAGAGAAAGAUGUCCAGAAGAAUCAUUGUCUAGGAAGGAAGAGGUCAGCAUUUGAGCAGAGGGCAGACUUGUAAGGUGCCCACGGUGGAAAGAACAUGGGGAACCAGUUAGCGGAAACAUGUUUGCACAUACUUUAUCCAAAGUACAGAGCAUUUUAUGUUGGAAGUGAAAGAAAUGAACUUGGACUUUCAUGUGCAUAUAUUCUGGACUAUUUGAAUUAAAAACAUACUAAUUGGAUCUUAAUAAAUUCAUUUUCAAUCA